UUAGGUCUAAGACAAUCAAUCGUUAGCUCAAUGGCCCUGUGAAUGAUUUUUCUUCCUAUUUUGUACUCUAAUAGCAAAAAUAAACCUGCUUUCGUAGACAUCAAUUUGUUAUAAAAAUAUUCGCGGCAAAUUGACUAUUGUUCAAUAUAUCUAAUGAUUUUUUAAUUCAGAUAUAUAUUAUACGAUGAUUUAUUGUACAUUAUAGUAUAUUAGCUACUUAUCUAUUACCAGCGUACCUACCUACCAAUCUUGGUGUAUUGUAAAUGUUUACUUGUUGUAAGAUGAAUGUAUGUUGUAAGAUCAGAAUAUAUUUGUAAUAUACUCAGAUCUUACAACAUAAAUAACAUUGCUUAUUUCCAGAGGUGCUUAUAACUUUACCCUUUAUUAGUGACCUUGGCUUUAUUAAGGUUGCUGGUUCCUAUCACAAUGAUUGUUACCUUAAUAUAGAUAUGUUUAUAUUGUUUCUACCUUACUAAAUUUGUUUAUAUUUUACGGGAUAUUAAUGUUCUUAAGACAUUGUAUGUUAGGAAGAAGAGAGAGCGCCAUAUUUUUGCUUUACUUGAGCCUUUAUCACCGAUCUCUUUUUAGGUCAGACGAUUAUUAUCUUUUUACGUUAUUGGCUUGACGUAACCAAGAAUAUAGGUCGAAUACUCAUUCAUAAUCAAAAUUCAAGGUAUGUUUACAUAAAAAAUAGUGCAGUGAAACACUUUCUGCUAACUCGGCUCGCAUGUUAAAUGGUUUAGCUCUAUAGCGUGAGUGUAUGUCGUGAAACGGUUUCAACCUUGUCUCGUAUUAAUUUAUAUGCUUAAAUCCAUUGUUAGUGUUCGCAUAAUCACCUUGAUUUAGUGUAUUUUCGUGUUUUAAAUCUAGAGCUGCAUGUGAUUUAACCUCGAUUCCAUGGAACGUUUUUGCUUUCGACAUUUCAUACUUUAUAUCUUGACAGUAGUGUUUAUUUGUUUGAUAAUUUACGAAGGUAAAGUUUGUGGUAUUGUAGGGGGUAUCUCUGGAUCUAGUGAACCGAUUUUGAAAAUUCUUUUAACACUAGAAAGCCAUGGUAUUUGUGUGUAUCAUAGGCCAUAUUUCAUAUCUCAGUAUUCUCACGAGAACGGUAACUACGCAGGAAACCGUGGGGUGUCAGCUACAAUACACUCUGUCAGACACAAUACUUACAAUAUUUUUUAGACAAAAUUGUUGUUGUAAAAACAAUGCAAUAAAUGGACAAUUAUUACUUAUUUAUACUAAUAUUGCGAUAAGUAUUUUAUAUAUUUCUUUCAAUAAUAACCAGAAAUAACCUGCAGGCUUAUUCACUAUCUAUGACGUAUGCUAGUUGAUAUACGAAAUUGAGAUUCUAUGUAACAAAUAACACCCGGUGCCUACUGGUGGAUACCAUACAGUAGGUAGUUAUGUCUGGACAACAGGCAGGUCUGGCGCCUGCCCAUGCAGUAGGUCUGGCACCCGUGAGCUUCACUCACGGAUGCAGAAUCGCUGAGUCUGCGUAGAGUUCCCAGAACAGGCCACCUGCACAUACCGUGCGUGGGAACGCAAGCCGAGCGGCCAGUCCACACAUCGACUCGCUAGUAAUAAGUCUAGUACUAAGUUAAUAUUAAGCUUCAAUUGUGGAAGCACUAUUUUUUUAUUAAAGCCUCUAUAGAAGAAAGCUCUUUAAUUAACAUCACGCUCCUCCAAAUUUGACUGGCGCAGCCGGUGCCGAUUUUCGUAAACGCCGUGCAGUGUCCCAAAAUCGACGCUUGCGCGAGGCCGGCGAAAGUCUGACGAACCAAAAAAAUACGUCAAAGAAGAGAGAAGACUAGAAACCUGCUUAACGGGGAGGAUGACGGCGUAUAAGGGGUUCGCCCUUCUGCUCAUUCAAGCCAUCACGAUCCAGGGCCUAAUCCAGAGGAUCGAGCAUAACCCCGGUAUUUUACCUGUAAAAGAAGGUCAAGCGUAUAUUACAUAUGACAAUUGGUCAUAUAUUAAGAUUUUAGAUUUAGGUUUACUGAAGGAAGAUUUAGAUUAUAAUGUUAGGAUGUAUGAGCACUUGAAUAUAAAUUUAUUAAAAUACUUUGGUAAUGAAACACACUUUAGUGAUAUAAGUAAUGUUAAAACGCAAACUGAUCAUUUUUUGAAUAUUACUGUAGAAAAAUGUAGACAGCUAAUUCCAAUAAGUAGAACUAAACGCGGCAUUCUAAAUCCAUUAGGUUCACUAAUCAAAAUUAUUACUGGGAAUUUAGAUAAUAGCGAUGCUAUGAGGUAUGAUGAGUUAAUAACUACUUUUAAAACGCGACAGGAAAGGUUAUCAAGAAAAAUGACUAUAGUUUCUGAGAUGGUAGAGUCCUUCGUAAAUAUGACGGGAAUUUCAAAGAAUAAUUUAAUUCAGCUAGAUAAAGAAAUUUCUGACAUUAAACUAUGGAUUGAUAAUACAAAACGAGUUUUAAGCAGUACUAGAUUAAUUCAUACUUUUCACUUAUUCUUGCAUAACUUUCAAACGAUCUAUAUUAAAAUAGACGAAAUUGAAACGGCUAUAGCAUUUAGUAAGUUGAAAACCUUACACCAGUCAGUAAUCAAUACAGACGAAUUAUAUAAUUUGUUAUCUGAUAUUGCAAAAACUGACCAGCUUGUAUAUCCUGUAAAUUUAGAGAACCUCUUAAAAAUUGAGCAAUCUAUUGAACUAAAAGCAUAUUCAAAGAACAAUCAGGUAACGUUUAUUUUAGAUAUUCCUCUUGUAAAAAAAUACUUAUUUAACUAUUUUCGAAUGAUACCUCUACCUGUCACCAAUCCAUUUAACCAAACCUCUCUUAUAAUACCCAAAGCUCCUUACCUAUUAGUGAAAGGUUCGAAAACCGUACCGCUCAGCAAACCCUGCAAAGAAAUUGAGAAAUUCGCAUUCUUAUGCCACGAUAUAGACACGGAAUCUGUAAUAAAAGAUACCUGCCUAGAAGAGCUAAUGUUACUUUCACAAAAUACCAGCUCGUGUGAUCCAGUCCUGGUGGAGACAUCUGGAGUAAAAGUAGAAUCAAUUCAAUAUAACCAAUGGAUUAUAUAUAGCAAAUUCGAAAAACUUCUCCUGAAAAUCUGUAGUACGGAAGAAACCCGUGAACGCAUAAAAGGGACCUACAUACUUACCAUAGAUGAAAACUGCAGUUUUAAAAUAAAUGGAUUAACACUGAAAAGACAUGAAACAGUAGGCAGACCGGUGAACUAUUCAAGAAUCCCAACUAUGCACUUUCCUACAAUACUUAAAGCAGAUGAACUACCCAAAAGGAAACUUAUGAAUCUGGAUGGCGUUAAUCUUCAACAUCUCCAGCAAUUAGCUUACCGUCUAGAGCAAAGUGACAGUGAAGUGUUUGCCCAAAGUGAAACGUCAUAUAGCGGUAUAAACGUAAAAAGUAUUAGUGUCGGAACACUCCUUUUGUAUGUUAUUUUAGCAAUAUGCUUAUGUAUCAUGUUACUUUAUAAGUUCCCCCCUUUACGUCUUUUUCGUCAAAUUCCGCACUCCGCUGAAUUUGAACUAAAGGAGGGAGGAGUUAUGUCUGGACAACAGGCAGGUCUGGCGCCUGCCCAUGCAGUAGGUCUGGCACCCGUGAGCUUCACUCACGGAUGCAGAAUCGCUGAGUCUGCGUAGAGUUCCCAGAACAGGCCACCUGCACAUACCGUGCGUGGGAACGCAAGCCGAGCGGCCAGUCCACACAUCGACUCGCUAGUAAUAAGUCUAGUACUAAGUUAAUAUUAAGCUUCAAUUGUGGAAGCACUAUUUUUUUAUUAAAGCCUCUAUAGAAGAAAGCUCUUUAAUUAACAUCACGCUCCUCCAAAUU